GAACUGUAGAAUCGGUUGGUUGUGUACUUGUUAGUAAAAACAGUUUUGUGCUUGUGCCAAGUCAGCGGUUUAAUAUAUUUGUUAUAUAUAUAUAUAUUUAAAUAAAAAAUUUAAUAAAAGCAAAAAUGUGUGACGAAGAAGUUGCUGCCUUAGUUGUUGAUAAUGGUUCCGGUAUGUGCAAAGCUGGUUUUGCAGGUGAUGAUGCACCACGUGCCGUGUUCCCAUCAAUUGUUGGUCGUCCCCGUCAUCAGGGUGUGAUGGUUGGUAUGGGUCAAAAAGAUUCAUAUGUUGGUGAUGAAGCACAAAGCAAACGUGGUAUUUUGACUUUGAAAUACCCAAUUGAACACGGUAUUGUAACCAACUGGGAUGAUAUGGAAAAGAUCUGGCAUCAUACAUUCUACAAUGAAUUGCGUGUUGCACCAGAAGAACACCCUGUCCUACUUACAGAAGCUCCAUUGAAUCCAAAGGCUAACCGUGAGAAGAUGACACAAAUUAUGUUCGAAACCUUCAACACACCCGCCAUGUAUGUGGCUAUUCAGGCUGUGCUUUCAUUGUACGCUUCCGGUCGUACAACUGGUAUUGUGUUGGAUUCUGGUGAUGGUGUCUCUCACACUGUACCAAUCUAUGAAGGUUAUGCCCUGCCACACGCCAUUUUGCGUUUGGAUUUGGCUGGUUGCGAUUUAACUGAUUACUUAAUGAAAAUCUUGACUGAACGUGGUUAUUCAUUCACAACCACAGCCGAACGUGAAAUUGUACGUGACAUUAAAGAAAAAUUGUGCUAUGUUGCACUCGAUUUCGAACAAGAAAUGGCAACAGCUGCCUCCAGCUCAUCAUUGGAGAAGUCCUAUGAAUUACCCGAUGGACAAGUCAUCACCAUUGGUAAUGAACGUUUCCGUUGCCCAGAAGCCCUAUUCCAACCAUCAUUCUUGGGUAUGGAAGCUUGCGGUAUUCAUGAAACCACUUACAAUUCCAUCAUGAAAUGCGAUGUCGACAUCCGUAAGGAUCUUUAUGCUAAUACUGUAUUGUCUGGUGGUACCACCAUGUACCCAGGCAUUGCUGAUCGUAUGCAAAAGGAAAUCACUGCUUUGGCUCCAUCCACAAUGAAGAUUAAGAUUAUUGCCCCACCAGAACGUAAAUACUCUUUUUGGAUCGGUGGCUCAAUUUUGGCAUCACUAUCAACCUUCCAACAGAUGUGGAUCUCCAAACAGGAAUAUGAUGAAUCUGGCCCAUCAAUUGUGCACAGAAAAUGCUUCUAAGCUGCUUAAGCUUACGAUGACUGCCGUAUUAGCCGUAUUAGUGGUAUAAAAUGAAACGUAAAGAAUGAAGAAAAUUAAUUGAAAUGACUAUGUUAAAAAUUGAGUAGAAGGAAAAAACCUAGCACGUAAGAUUGUAUUACAAAAACAAUGUCAUUAAAACUAUUAAAACAACAAAAUACAUCUAAAGUUGUUUGAAAUAAUUCAAUGAAAUACACCUACACAUACAAGAACAA